UGCUGAUGUGCUGGUUCUGUCUGUAGUAACCCCUAUAUACAGGACAUGUAACGGUUCUGCUGAUGUGCUGGUUCUGUCCGCAGUGACCCCUAUAUACAGGACAUGUAACGCAGUGCGGGCAGUAACUGUUCUGCUGAUGUGCUGGUUCUGUCCGCAGUGACCCCUAUAUACAGGACGUGUAACGCAGUGCAGGCAGUAACUGUUCUGCUGAUGUGCUGGUUCUGUCCGUAGUAACCCCUAUAUACAGGGCAUGGAGCGCAGUGCGGGCAGUAAUGGUUCUGCUGGUGUGCUGGUUCUGUCCGCAGUGACUCCUAUAUACAGGACGUGUAACGCAGUGCGGGCAGUAACUGUUCUGCUGAUGUGCUGGUUCUGUCUGUAGUAACCCCUAUAUACAGGGCAUGGAGCGCAGUGCGGGCAGUAACGGUUGUGCUGGGGAUAUACUGGAACACUUUUCUUACUGUCCUGUGGUACAGGCUGAGCUCUUGGCGUGUUAUCUGGCUUGUAAUAAAUGAGUUGUCUCCAUGACAACAGAGCCUAACGAUGCAGCGUGUUAAUGACUGUAUCCUGCACAAGGCUCAGUCUCUGCCGCAGUCAGGGCACCUGUGACCGGGGAUGACGGGAGUGGUAGUAUGGGGGGCGGCCGCACCUCUUUCCAGGCAACGCUAAGCAGCAUAGGCUGUGCCCACAAUUAGAUUGCGAGCUCUGGUGGCGGGCAGGCGUGUCUGGGGGUGGAAUGUAAUUACGAGCUGUUUUGCUGAGGGCCGCUCGGCUCUCUGGCAGAGGAAACGAGCCAGUGUGAUCCUCCUGCGUGCCUCGAGCCUCUCUUCCUGUCAGCGAGGUCUGUGAGUCAGCAGAGAGCCUGCCAUUGGCCAGACCGCCUCUUAUCUCUGGGAGAAUGUGAAUGGGUAAUCAGCCAUUCAUGCAGACUGGUCCUCUCCUGGGACAGGCAGAGAUGGAAGAGAGCUGAGAUGUCUCCUGACUGACUGCUGCUCGGCCCAGCACCUCCUGUGCAGCUGACCGUUCCUCUCCCUGUCACCUCUUCCUGCUGAUACACCGGCAUCCCCGUGCUUCCUUCCGCAGGAUACUGCCCCGCUCCUGUCACACGGCUCAGGGGCUCUCCACAGUGAUGGCAUUCAUUGAUUUCUCAGGGGGGGAGUGUGCGGCCCUGGCUCUGGGCUGACGGCUUCUGCACUGGAGCUGGUGAGCACCCUAUAACAUGACAUCUGAGGGGGCUCGGGUGUAACGUUCUGCCUUCUGUGUUGUUGCUGCCACCGGACUAUGAGACCCGGACCCUUCGUUGCUGUAGAGUGCAAGCUGCCGGCCGGCAUCAUGGAUCUCUUGCCCAAAACCAAGUACAACCACCUGCGCAAUGAGUCCGUCAGCUCUGCGGAGGAUGCCGUAGGCACGGGGCCCCCGACUCCCUCCGUGGAGAUCAUGGUGGCCCAGUCUAUGCCCAGCUCCUCCUCCUCCUCUUCUCUGGCCCCUAUGCUGCCCCUGGCCGAGCUUUCCUCAGAAUCCGAGGACAGCCCCACCACGCUCUGCUCCUUCUUUCCCAAAAUGGCCAACCUCAAACUGUCUAACCCGGCCAAUCUCCUCAGCCUGCGCAGCUUCUCCUCGGGGGCAGGGAAGGAGACGGGCAGCCCCGGGGAUCAGGCGGAGAACAGCCCGGACUCAGGGAGGACUUUUACUGUUUUUUCCCAGGAUAUGAACAAGCUGAGCUGUGGGAGGAAGUCCAGAGUGGAAGGAGGCCAGCUGGCGGGGGACGAGUGGACCAGGCAUGGCAGCUUCGUCAAUAAGCCCACUCGUGGCUGGCUGCACCCGGAUGACAAAGUGAUGGGUCCCGGAGUCUCCUAUCUCGUCAGGUAUAUGGGCUGCGUGGAGGUUCUGCAGUCUAUGCGGGCUCUGGACUUCAAUACCCGGACCCAAGUCACACGGGAAGCCAUUAGCUUGGUGUGCGAAGCCGUGCCAGGGGCAAAGGGGGCUCUGCGGAGGCGUAAGACGAGCGGCCGGUCCCUGAAUUCCAUCCUGGGUAAGUGCAACCUGAAGUUUGCGGGAAUGCCCAUCACCCUGACCGUAUCAACCAGCAGCCUGAACCUCAUGGCAUCAGACUGCAAGCAGAUCAUUGCAAAUCACCACAUGCAAUCCAUAUCAUUCGCCUCUGGGGGAGAUCCGGACACUGCGGAAUAUGUUGCUUAUGUUGCCAAAGAUCCAGUGAAUCAAAGAGCUUGCCAUAUCCUGGAGUGCCCGGAAGGUCUCGCUCAGGAUGUGAUCAGCACUAUUGGACAGGCCUUUGAACUCCGCUUCAAGCAGUACCUCAAAAAUCCUCCCAAAUUAGUGACGCCACAUGACAGGAUGGCAGGGUUUGAUGGCUCCGCUUGGGAUGAGGAGGAAGAGGAGCUCCCAGAUCAUGCAUAUUACAAUGACUUCCCAGGGAAAGAGCCGCCAAUCGGUGGAGUGGUGGAUAUGAGAUUACGAGAAGGAGCUGCUCCUGCAGUGCCCAGGCAAAGCCCCAACCACAUGGGGGCCACACUGCCAGUGGGACAGAUAUCUGGGGUUGAGCAAGACUUGCGGAAACUACAGCCACAGCCCAGCAUGCAAGGCAAGGACAGAUUCCCAGUGCCUUGUGCAAAGCCCAUAAACCGGCCUGACCUCUUUGAUGAUCCCUCCUAUGUUAAUGUGCAGAACCUGGAGAAGUCGCGCCAGCCUAUGCGUGGAGCCACAAAUGGACAGAGAGACAUCUUUGACAUGAAGCCGUUUGAGGAUGCCCUGCCUUCCGGUCAAUCAGUUGUCAGCAUGGAAGAACAGUUGAUGCGGGAGCCGUGGUACCAUGGAAAGAUGACCAGGAAAGAGGCAGAGAGACAGCUGAGAGUGAACGGAGACUUCUUAGUGAGAGAGAGUACCACCACCCCGGGGCAAUAUGUCCUGACUGGCCUGCAGAACGGUCAGCCCAAGCAUCUGCUGCUGGUGGACCCUGAGGGAGUGGUUCGUACCAAGGAUCACCGCUUUGAGAGCGUCAGCCACCUCAUCAGCUACCACAUGGACAAUCACUUACCUAUAAUCUCAGCCGGCAGUGAGCUGUGUCUUCAGCAACCGGUGGAGCGGAGACAGUGAGACCCGCCUUUGGCUUCGUCCAUGUCUGAGCCACAGAACCUCCCUCCUUUCUCACCCCUCUGCUGUUGGGGUUAGUGACCUGUCCCCUGCGGCCUCUUCCCGUACAGCCGCGGUGGGAGCACUCCUCACCUUCUAUCAGGGAAUUUGUAGGGUCUAAGUGCACAAAUACGGCACAACUGGGCAGGAGCCCUGUGAUGACAGGCAGCGUAACCAGAGGAAACAAUGUCCCCACAAAGAUGGCGCCCUCUCAGCACAAGACGGGCCCCCGCUCCUUCAAGCACACGAUAUCCUGUGACUCUAACCAAUACUGAUUUGUGCCUUUUCUCCAGAGAUCUUCAUGUUUUGUGGUUUUAUGAUGCACCUGAUUUCAUGAUGGGGGGGCCUAGAUAUUACCCUACUCUGCCGCAGUUUUUAUUGUGUCUGGUGGUGAUGGCAAUAAUCUAUGGUCCCAGAACUGCUGCAUGCUGGAGACGCCCACCGUGUACCCCUUCAUUUCUGCACUGAGCCCUCCCGCGCCGCUGCUCAAACAUCCGUCCAUCCCAUCCCGUGGAGCUGCAGGAGGCAGCGUCACCUUCCUACGCUGGCCCGCUCUCCCCUAUACCUGAAUCUGCAUUAUAGAGGGGGUGACCUCUGACCCUUCUGUGUGACUGCUCCAGGGUCGCCUGCAAUACAGACGUCCUCUUUCCAAUUACAUUAUAAUAAGAUGGGUGACUGUAUGAUUUAUUACUCCAAAAUAGAGGACACCUUUCCAGUCCCAGCUCCCACCUUUCCAGUCCCAGCUCCCUAUCUGCGGAGGACACACAGGAUCCAAUGCACCUGUUCCCAGUCUGUAUGGCACCUGCCCUUCAGUGGAUGUUUACAGAGACAGGCUGGGCUGCAGAGCUACAUGGAAGAUACAUGAGGGAGGAGAACACUGUACCCUCAUUACAGUCUAGGUUCUGGAUGGAUGAGCAGCGGUGAUCUGUAUUACAGACUAAGUGACCUACUCCCUUCCCUGGGGUCAGCAUAGGGCACACAUAGAUGGGAGAGAGGUGAUCUGUAUUACAGACUAGAGGACGGAAGGGGGGGCAGUCUUAUACAUUACAUAGCUGUCUGUGUGAUAGAUGGGGCUCCUGCGGAGAGGAUGGGGUACAGAUGGAUGGGGGGUGGUCAUAUACAUUACAUAGGUGUGUGAGAUAGAUGGGGCUCCUGCGGAGAGGAUGGGGUACAGAUGGAUGGGGGGUGGUCAUGUACAUUACAUAGCUGUGUGUGUGAUAGAUGGGGCUCCUGCGGAGAGGAUGGGGUACAGAUGGAUGGGGGGCGGUCAUAUACAUUACAUAGCUGUGUGUGUGAUAGAUGGGGCUCCUGCGGAGAGGAUGGGGUACAGAUGGAUGGGGGGCGGUCAUAUACAUUACAUAGCUGUCUGUGUGAUAGAUGGGGCUCCUGCGGAGAGGAUGGGGUACAGAUGGAUGGGGGGUGGUCAUAUACAUUACAUAGGUGUGUGAGAUAGAUGGGGCUCCUGCGGAGAGGAUGGGGUACAGAUGGAUGGGGGGUGGUCAUGUACAUUACAUAGCUGUGUGUGUGAUAGAUGGGGCUCCUGCGGAGAGGAUGGGGUACAGAUGGAUGGGGGGCGGUCAUAUACAUUACAUAGCUGUGUGUGUGAUAGAUGGGGCUCCUGCGGAGAGGAUGGGGUAC